AUGGCUUCACAGCCCCUUCUUCCGCGCGCACGCGGCGGACCUGGAGCGAAUGCGAGCAAAAGUGACCCACGCAACAGCAACCACACCAACAAUAACAAUAACAACAACAACAACAACAACAACGACGAAAACGGAAACACAACCACGACAGCCACAGACGCGGCACGCCGUCGUUCACGCAACGGCUGUUUGACGUGCAAGCGGCGCAAGGUGCGGUGCAACGAGCAGCGGCCGCGGUGCUACCACUGCCAGCGGCUGCGGUUUGAUUGCGUGUGGAAGGAGACACCCGGCGCCGCAGUGUCUAUAUCGCAGGCGCAGUCUGCGAUGCCGUCGCCAUUAGCGGUCCAACCACAGACACAGCCGCGGACCUUGUCACAGGCGCAAGUACAGUCUCAGGUGCAAGCGCAUUCGCAUGGCGAGACGUCCCCCUCGCAGAGCGACACCGCCGACGGCACGCAGCCGCUGUCGGGUCCCGCCAGCGGCCCAUCCGGUCCCGGCACUGGAACCGGAACCGGUGCCGGAACUGGAGCUGGAACAGGCCCCGGGACGGGCAGCGACCAGUCCCCGUCGUCGGGCCUCUUCGACUUUGCGCAGUCCAUUGUCGACGGCACGCUGGACCUCUCGUCGUUCCAAGACAUUUACUUCCCGCCCGUCAACCUCAACGACUUUUCCAUGCCCAUGGCCGGCGUGGAACCGCAUCCGCACGACCAGCACCAACAGACACAAGAAUGGCUGCUGGCGCCUGCCCCCACACAGUCGCCCGAGCAGACCACCACACACGCCGUCGCCAACACCGCCGCCGCCGCCGCUGCGACAGGCCCGCUGGAGAUGCUGCCGCCGCAGCUGCCCGACGUCGACCUGACUCUCAACCUGCCGCCGAUUCUGGACCCCAUCGAGAACGGCCCCAAGGGCGCGUCCGUCAAGGCGCUGUUCCACCGCAUGGCCACGGCGUCGCCCAUGUUCCGCGCGGCGCUGAGCGCGUUUGCGACGAUCCAGGCGACGACGACGGCGGCGCGCGUGCAGUACAAGCAGUACUACGACCAGGCGGCCGCGGCGCUGGCGGAGCGGCUCGACGAGGGCUGGCAUGGGGGCGAUCGGACCGGCACCAACACCAGCAGCAGCACCGGGAAACACGGCGACAUGCGGCACAUCUUGGCCACCAUUUUCUUCUUGACAUACAUCAAUAUGCUGACGGGCCAGCUGGACAUGGCGUGCGACAAUCUGGAAAAGGCGCACCAGACGCUGCAGCGGGCCGGCGGCGUGUGUGCUCUCGGUGCGGUGGAGCAGCGCAUUGUGUCGUGGCUCCGGCUGCUCGACGCCCGGACGGCCUCGGCGGGGGGGCCGGGGCUGCUGGUCAACGACACGUCGGGCAUCAUCUACCCGCUGACGCCGAGCACGGCCUCGGAGAGUGCAGAAAACAUGGACCGCGCCGGGCCAUCGACGACCGAAACGGGGAGCAUGAGCACCAACGGCAGGAGCGGCAACAGCAGCAGCAGCAGCAACAGUAACACGGAGGCGCCGACGGCGCACGAAGUCAUUUACGAGAUGCUCUGCCAGCCGGGCAUCGUCUUCUACCAGGAGGUGCAGACCAUCUCGGUGCGCAUCACGCGCAUUGCCCACGCCCACCGCAGCCGCGGCAGCGUCGAGGACGAGACGGAGGUCAUGGCCAUUGCGGCGACGAUCCUCAAAGACUUGGCCUCGCUGUACGCCCGCCGGCCCGCCAUUAUGGACGCCGCUGUCCGCGCCAGCGAGAGCGGCGGCAGCGGCAGCGACAGCCUCACGAGCCUGCUGUCGCCGUCGCUAUCGUCCGACAUUGUCCGCUCCUACCAGACGUACAUGGCCAGCUUUUACGCCUGCUACAUCCACCUGCACCGCGUGGCCCACCGCCACUUGGCCCGCUCGCAGUCCGUGCUGACGGCCAUGGACAAGAUCAAGACCAUGGUGCACGCCAUGGUCGCCGACGACGGCGAACGGGGCGGUGGCAAGGACGGCGGCGGCGAGGACGGCGGCGGUGGCGGUGGUGGCCAGAUUAUGGUCAACAUGCUGUGGCCCCUGUUUCUGUGGGGCAGCGAAGAAGACGACCCUGACGAGUGCCGCUGGAUCCUGAAGACAAUCCGCAGCCUGCACCACCUCGUGACCAACGCCAACAUGACGGCCAAUGUCCUGCAGGAAAUCCAGACGCGGCAGCAAGAGGCCGGCUGGCGUGUGGACAUCCGGUCGGUGUGUCUCGAGCUGUUUAAUACGACAUUUGCAAUAGUAUAG